AUGAUUCUUCUUCUUCUUCAAGUGGGAGACCUAACCACGAGUCACGACUCUAUUAAUCCGCUAUUACCGAAUUCGCUUCUGAAAUCACGACUCUAUAACUCUAUUGCAAGGCUAAUACACGAUUCCCAAAUUUUGUUAACAGCUGAUUUCUGGUCAUAUUGGCAAUCAAAGUUUAUUGAGAUUAACAAAAAAAUCAUUAAAGUUUUUGAUACGGGCCUGGUAGAUUCAAGCCUUCAACAGAAAAGCACCAUUUGGAUUCAACCAUAAAACAUCAUCAAAGUUUUUGAUUUUCAGGUGUAUUCUUUCCUUACUAGUUACUAUAAUGUCUCCUAAAAAACACUUAUCAGGAGCUGAAAAAAGAAAAAAACGAAAAAUAGCUGAAGAAUCUAAAUUGAAACAAAAAGGAUCUUUAGAUAAGUUCAUUAAACUGAAACCAAUUGGUUCUUCUAGUGUCUCAAAUGAAUGUGAUGAUACUAAUGUGUCAAAUGAUUGUGAUGAUACUAAUGUGUCAAAUGAACACGAUGAUACAAAUUUGUUUAAUGAUUGUGAUGAUGCUAAUUUUAAUAAUCCUUUAGAUAUUUAUGACCCUAGAAAUUGGAAUGUUCUUGAUAAUAAAACAAGAGAUAUUCUAAUUGAAAAAGGGCCAAUAAGGGAAAUGAGUCUUGUGUUUCCUAAAGAUAAAUUAUCUAUACAUUUCUCUUAUGUUUUUUAUACCCAAAAAUUAAAUAAUGGAGAGACACGAGAUCGGAAAUGGCUAGUUUACUCAAAGUUUUUGGAUAAAUUUUUUUGUUUUUGUUGUAAACUUUUUAAAUCUAAUAAUCAAAAAGGUUUUUUAGCAAAUGAAGGAUAUAAUGAUUGGAAACAUCUUAGUGUUCGACUUAAAGAACAUGAAAGUAGUAAUGAACAUUUGAGUUGUAUGAGUUCUUGGAAUGAAGCAAAACAAAGAUUGAAUAAAAACCUUACUAUUGAUAAAGAUUUACAACAAGAAAUUUUAAAGGAAAAAGAGCGUUGGAGGCAAGUUUUAAGAAGAAUAAUUGCUGCUGUGAAAUUGAUGAUAUUUUUGGUUUGGGACUUUUUAAUGAGUUAUUAGAUGCAUUAAAAUUGUUAGAUCUUGAUGUGAAUGAUGUAAGGGGUCAAGGUUAUGAUAAUGGGUCUAACAUGAAAGGAAAACACCAAGGGGUUAAAAAACAAUUUCUUGAAAUUAAUCUUAAAGCUUUAUAUAUGUCAUGUGCUUGCCAUAGUCUAAACCUAAGCGUUUGUGACAUGGCACUUUCUUGUCGUAAAGCUGUUUCUUUUUUUGGUAUUGUUCAAUGCUUAUAUUCAUUAUUUUCUAGUUCUACUAAAAGAUGGAAAGUAUUAUUGGAUAAUGUUCCAACUUUAACUAUAAAGUCUUUAUCUAAUACUCGUUGGGAAAGUAGAAUUAAAAGUGUCAAAACUAUUAGAUUCCAAGCUCCUCAAAUGCGAUUAGCUUUCCUAAACUUGGCUAAAUCAUGUGAUGAUCCAAAAUCAAAAAGUGAAGCCAAAAGUUUAGUUAAAGCUAUUAAGAGUUUUGAAUUUUUACUUAGUAUGGUUAUUUGGUAUGAAAUUUUAUUUGCUAUUAAUAUGGUAAGUAAAAUAUUGCAAUCUAAAUCUAUUUGUAUUGAUGCCACUAUUAACCAAUUACAAAAUGUAAUGACAUUUUUUAAGAAAUUUAGAAAUGAAGGGUUUGCUUCAAGCAUAAAUAUUGCUAAAACAAUUGCUUUAGAAAUGGGUGUUGAACCUACAUUUCCACAUAGGGUGUAAUGUCACUAGAAAAAAAACAAUUUGAUGAAAGUGAUAGUGAAGAAGAAGAAAUACAAUCACCGGAAGAGUAUUUUAAGAUUCAUUACUUUUAUGUUGUUGUCGAUGUUGCAAUUGUUUCAUUAAAUACUAGAUUUGAACAAUUAAAAUAUUUUGAAACUAUAUUUGGCUUUUUAUAUGAUUCAAAGAUUUUAAAGUAAUUAGAUGAAAAUAAGCUUAAAGAGUGUUGUAUAAAGUUUUUAAAUACUUUUUCUAAUGACAAUUUUUCUGAUGUGGAUUCAAAUGAUCUUUUUACCGAAUUAAAAUUUUUGCAAGACUCUUCCUAAUGAUAUUAAAUCUGCAGUUGAAAUUCUAGAAGUUGUUAAAGUUGAGGAUUGUUACCCAAAUGUUUUUAUUGCAUAUAGAAUCCUAUUAACUAUUCCUGUAACUGUUGCAUCUGAAGAGAGAAGUUUUUCAAAGUUGAAGUUAUUGAAGAAUUACUUAAUGUCGUCGAUGUCACAAGAAAGGUUGAACGACUUGGCAAUUCUAUGUAUAGAGAAGUACAUGCUAGACAAGAUUGAUCUUGAAGAUAUUAUUAAUGAUUUUGCAUCUCAAAAAACUAGAAGGAGUAUUUUUCUUUAAUAUUUUGGAUUUUGUAACGGAAAUUGUUAUAUUAAGAUGCUAGUACAACUAUUUUUUUUAAUUAGUGAGUUAUUAUAAAAAUGUUGAUGAAAUUUAUGUAUUAUAGG